AGCGAGUGUCUCGCCAAACCGCCGGCGCCGCGGCGGCCUCUGCUGCCGCCUGCACGCCCUCCUCCCCACUGUUCCUCUCGCUCUUAUCCCCACCCACCCACGCACCUGGCUCUCUCUCCCUCUCGCUCUACAAGAAAGCGACCACCACCGCGCUGCACCACCGAGAGUCAACUGGCGAGUGAUAGAGUGCUGACGGGAAGCUUCGAUCCCUGACCAGAGUUCGGAGGAGGAGGAGGAGAUGAACGUCGACUUCGGCGCGCCCAAGGAGCUCGCGGGGGGCCUGCAGCAGCGCAGGGCCCUCUACCAGCCCCGCCUCCCGCCGUGCCUCCAGGGCCCGACGGUGCGGGCGGAGUACGGCGACGCGACCACCACCAUCGACCCCAGCUGCGCUAACGUCGUCGCGCAGGCCUUCCCGAACACCUUCGGCCAGCCGCUCGUCAGCUUCGUCGCGCCGGCCGACGCCGCCGCCGCCGCGGCCGCCGCGGAGGAGCGCCCUGCGAUCAGGGUGGGCGUGGUGUUCUCCGGGAGGCAGUCGCCGGGAGGGCACAACGUCGUCUGGGGUCUGCAUGACGCUCUCAAAGCCUACAAUCCUCAGAGCGUGCUCUAUGGAUUUGUUGGUGGCACAGAGGGGCUGUUUGCAAACAAGACACUGGAGAUCACUGACGAUGUUCUUACUUCCUACAAGAACCAAGGUGGUUUCGAUUUGCUCGGCAGGAGUAUCGAUCAGAUCCGCACAACUAAGCAAGUCAAAUCUGCAAUGGCAACAUGCCGCAGUCUGAACUUGGAUGGGCUGGUCAUCAUUGGAGGAGUGACCUCCAAUUCAGAUGCUGCACAGCUUGCAGAGAUCCUUAUCCAAAAUAACUGUAAGACCAAGGUUGUUGGUGUGCCAGUUUCAUUGAAUGGUGAUCUCAAGAACCAGUUUGUUGAAACAACCGUUGGAUUUGAUACAGUUUGCAAGGUAAAUUCACAGCUUGUAAGCAAUGUUUGCCUCGAUGCAAUCUCAGCUGGAAAGUACUAUUAUUUCGUUCGUCUGAUGGGACGAAAAGCAUCCCAUGUUGCCUUCGAAUGUGCACUUCAGUCACACCCAAACAUGCUCAUCUUAGGAGAGGAGGUGGCAUUGUCAAAACUCACUCUAAUGGAGAUUAUAAACAAGAUAUGUGAUGGAGUGCAAGCAAGAGCAGAAUUAGGGAAAUACCAUGGUGUGCUAGUUAUUCCAGAAGGACUAAUAGAAAGCAUUCCAGAAAUGUAUGCUCUCAUUCAGGAAAUCAAUAUCCUUCACAACAAUAAUGUUCCUGUGGCUGAGAUGUCAUUGCAAUUGUCUCCAUGGGCAGCUGCUCUGUUCCAGUUCCUGCCACCCUUCAUCAGAAGAGAGCUUCUUCUCCACCAAGAAUCAGAUAACUCUGCACAGUUGUCCCAGAUUGACACAGAGCAACUAUUAGCUCACUUAGUGGAAACAGAAAUGAUAAAGAGAACAAAAGAAGGUAGAUACAAGGGAAGGAAGUUCAGUUCCGUCUGUCAUUUCUUCGGAUAUCAGGCUCGAGGAUCAAUACCAUCAAAUUUUGACUGCGACUAUGCUUAUGCUCUUGGACGUAUCUCCCUGCAUAUGAUUGCAGCUGGAUUGACUGGGUACAUGGCAACUGUGGCUAAUCUAAAGGACCCUGUAGACAAAUGGAGAUGUGCUGCUGCUCCUUUAACUGCGAUGAUGAUUGUCAAGAGGCAUUUACGUGGCCCUGGAGCAAUCCCUAUAGGAAGGCCUUCCAUCCAUCCUUCUCCGAUUGACCUGAAAGGGAAGGCUUAUGAGUUACUGCGAGAGAAGGCUUCAAGCUUCCUCCUGGAUGACUUCUACCGAACCCCUGGAGGCAUUCAGUUCGAAGGGCCUGGUUCAGAUGCAAAACCCAUCACACUUACCAUUGAGAACCAGGACUACAUGGGUGAUAUUGAGAUUCUGAAAGACUGUCUCAGCAAGGUGAGGACCAUGGUGAAGCCAGGGUGCUCCCGGGAGAUCCUCAAGGUGGCAAUUAGUUCCAUGUUGUCGGUGACGGACGUGCUGACGGUGAUGUCCCACCCCCUCAACGCUGAGCUGCCUCUCUACCAUUUCAAGUGAGCGUCGAUGUCAGCCUGCCUGCGUCUGGGUUGUUGUAGAGUGAUUCCAGUUUGUAACAGCAGCAGAUUCUGGUUCUUGGGCUGCCGGUAUUCGGGAACUUCCUUGUUUUGUUUUCCCUUUCUGACUGAGAAGCACUGGGGUUAUUCAUGCCAAUAAACACGGGAACAGCACUUGACACCGAAACUGGAUUGGAAAGAUGCAGGUUUUCAGCCUUGUUUGCCUGACA